AUCUUGGUUACACACUUUGAAAUGACAAUCACUUACGAAGGGUUUGUGGCAGAAAUUAUGGAGAUGUGCAACUUCGAUGACAACCAGCCAUUCACAAUUAAAUGGGUUGAUGAAGAAGGAGACCCUUGCACAAUAUCAUCAGAGACUGAACUGCAAGAAGCAAUCAGAUUAUAUUUCACAAACCAGGACUCUGAAAUCUUACUCUAUGUUUUCCCAAAUGUUCCAAUUGUCAAAGGACAGCUCUGUCAUGGAGAAGAUAGGUCAGUAUACAGAUAUAAGGCAAGAAAAUGGAAGAAACUUUAUAGGAACUGCGGUCAUUUGUAUGAAGUUAAAAGAUUUGGUAAGAGGGCGGUGUGUGCCUUCUGCACGGACCACGUGUGGGGCUUGGGCAGGCAGGGUUUGAGAUGCGUGCAGUGCAAGAUGUUUGUCCAUAAGAGGUGCCACCGUCUCAUCAGGGUGCCGUGCUCUGUUGUCGUGGUCUUCCCUGACAACUUUCCUCCUCUCCCUACUCAUCAUCAUCAUCCAAAACAAAAACGUCAUCAACAACAACGUCAUCAUCACCAGAAGCAUUCUAACCAUCAUUCACAUGUUACCACUGUUGAGAAAUCAGUUUCCCUGAUUGAUUUCAAUCUAUUGAGAGUUAUUGGUAGAGGGAGUUAUGCCAAGGUUUUUUUGGUCGAGCAUAAAAAAACAAGAAGAAAAUAUGCCAUGAAAGUUAUCAAAAAGGAAUUGCUUGUCGAUGAUGAAGAUUUAGAUUGGGUUCAGACAGAGAAGCACGUGUAUGAAGUUGCUUCCAACUAUCCCUUCCUUGUGGGACUGCAUUCUUCUUUUCAAUCCGUAAGCAGAUUGUUCUUCGUAAUAGAGUUCGUGGACGGUGGUGACAUGAUGUUACACAUGCAGAGAAACAGAAGGCUUCCUGAAGAUCAUGUCAGGUUCUAUUCAUCAGAGAUUAUCCUUGCGUUAAAUUUCUUGCACGAAAGAGGCAUAAUAUACAGAGACUUGAAGUUGGAUAACGUCCUUAUAGAUGCCAGGGGUCACAUCAAACUGACGGACUAUGGCAUGUGUAAGGAGGGCAUAGGUCCUGGUGAGUUUACCAGUACAUUUUGUGGCACUCCGAACUACAUUGCUCCUGAGAUAUUAAGAGGAGAGGAUUACAGUUACAGCGUAGAUUUUUGGUCCCUUGGAAUUUUAAUGUAUGAGAUGAUGUCUGGCAGGUCUCCAUUUGAAAUCGUCGCUCAAACUGAUAAUCCCGAUCAGAACACUGAAGAUUAUUUGUUCCAAGUGAUUCUUGAGAAACCCAUUAGAGUACCAAGAUUAUUAUCUGCACAGGCCUCUAGCGUGUUGAAGGGACUACUCAAUAAGAAUCCCAGAGAACGUUUGGGAUCUCCACCCAACUCAGGAAUCAAGGAUCUCAAAAGUCAUCCGUUUUACAAGGGACUCUGCUGGUCCCAGCUGUCCAUGUGCCAGAUAAACCCUCCUUACAAGCCGAUUGGUGAAAAUGGCGACGAUAUGGAUGUGUCUCUGAUGUAUUUUGAUCCGCAGUUCACUGGAGAACCAGUCAUGUUUACACCUGAUGAUCAAAAGGUGUUGGACACCAUCAACCAGAACGACUUUGAAGGCUUUGAAUACGUCAAUCCAUUAUUAAUGUCCAGUGAAGAUUUCGUCUGA